AUGGAAGAACCGAAACGAAUAAGUUGCUUGGACGUUUUACAACGAAAUCUGCGGGCUAAUGAAAGGAAAAUCAAAGCAAAUAUAAAAAUGGUGAACGAAGAGUUUUUUGGAAAAACUGUAAUAUCUGGCCUAUUGCUGUUUUACCCAACAGUGUUUUUACAUAUGAUAGAGGGAUAUGAAGAAGCUAUUCAAAGGCAUCUCACAGCUUUGUUUUCUGGAGCCGCGGAUAAAAUGAUCGGACGUAUCAUUUCAAUGCCUCCUUUCCACAAUGCCAAUAAGCAACUUUUUUUAAAUUGGUAUUCGGCGGUGGUAUUGGAUCCACCGGUGCUUUUGGAUGAAAUCGAAAGCCACAACUUGCACGAAAUCAUGAAACAAAUCAAGAAUCUUCUCUUCAAAACAUAUUCAUUGGGCGAAUACUUGACUGACAAUGGAGAUGGACGGCCAGAGCUCACGAACGCUGCUUUAAUGACUCUUAGUCGGGACGUGCCCAAUUAUUUACCUGAAAUUACGGCGAUCGACUUUUUGUUUGGCGUAGAAUCCAAGGUUCUUCCAGAUCUACGUACAAAUAUAGCUGAGUACCGUGAUAUACCAGUUCUUCAACUUUACAAUGAUCGAACCUGGCCACCACCGGAUAUCAUGAUACCCAAUCGACCAGAUGAAGAUCUCAAACAAGAUCAAAUGAAGAAAUGA